AUGGACCCUGAUAGUGGAGUGAUCAGUAAUUCUAAUGAUUUUAAAAGCCCUUUAGAAGCAAUAAGGGCAGCGUUCAGGCAAAGCCAAGGCCAAAAUUCGGGAUCUUUUUAUUUUGAGUUUUCACCUAAUGUUGUUAAAGAUAGAGCUGGAAAUACAGAAUUUACUCAAGCAAAUACAAGAUGGGCAAUAGAAAGCCAAGAAGAAGCGAUAAAUAGACAAAACCGCCAAGCAGCAGCUAUCAUAGAUAGAAGCAAUAAUGAGUUAAAACACAAACUCACAAUAAACAAAUUGGAAACAGAAAGACAGUUAAAGCUCUUACUCCCCCCCCCCCUCCGUGAGCGAACAAAACCAUUAGAAAAAUCGCCAUUUUUUGACCAAAAACCCACCCUCCGUGAGUGAACAAAAAUUUUUUUAAUAGAAAAAUUUUAAUGGAAAAAAAUUUUGAUAUAUAAGUGAUAAUUAGUAUAAUGAAAUCUAGAGCUAAUUCUGUUUAAAUUUUAAACAAAUUGCGUUUUAAAACAUAAAUUUUGCAAAUUAAAUUAAUAUUUGCUUCCCAAUUUUUGCAAAUUAGGAUUUUUUUAAAUUUCGAAAAAAAUAUUUUUUAUAAAAAUUUAUAUAUAAAUUUUUUUUUAAAAAAAAAAAUUAACCCCCCUCCGUGAGCGAACAAAAUUUUUUUGUUCGCUCACGGAGGGGGGGGGGGGGGAGUUAGAAAAUCAAUAUGAAUUACAAAUACAUGAGCUUGAUAAAAACCAAGAAAUGCAGCAGGCUUGAAUGCAAUUUCAGUAUGAAAUGGAGCAAGCACAACAGAAUUAUGAAUUAGAAAAAUAUAGAGAGAGUGUGAAAAAUGAAAUUGCAGGGCUUCAUGAUCAAUUAGAAUAUGAAAAUCAAAAAAUUGAUUCAGAGUGCAAAAUUAAAGAAAGCAGGCUUAGGCAUGAAAUUUUAAGAAUUGAAGAAAAUUCCAAAAAAGAGAUAAACCAAUUGAAAAUGAUGAAUUUAAGAGAAAUCGCACUAAGUGAGUGUGAAAGAGAUAUAAUCAUCAAUGACUAUAGAGAAAAAGCAGGAAUUAAAAUUCAAAAAAUAAAGUCUAGGACUCAGGAAGAAGAGACUAGAAUGAGAUGUGAGGCUGAAGUAAAAAUUGCUAAAAUAUGGAAAAAGGUUAAGAUGCUAGAAAUAGGGUUAAAUAUAGUAUCAAAUGUGAUUUCAUUAAUUCCCGCUUUGAAUAAAGGAGUUGGAUUGAUCAAACAUCUUUAA